AUGCUACUUCAGGCUGCGUUGAUUUCCAUGGUGGCCGUCUCCGGUGCGUUUUAUCAUUACAAAAAAAUUAGGAGCGAUGGAUAUAAAGUCACUAGGCUUGCUAAAUAGUUCGUUUUGUUUUAUUAAGCUGCUAGAGAGCCUCCAGCGAACAAGGUAUUAUCUCUUGACCUAACCAAUUUAAGGCGUAAUACCCCAAAUAGACACAUGCUGCUAAAACAACAAGAGAAAUAUGAGUAUAUAUAAGGCUGUCACAGCUCGCACUCACUUAAAUGUUUGCCGUUUUCGUGUUCAGAAGCCACGCAACAAAUAUGUAAAGGUGCUCGCACAGACUGCACCAGUCUGCCCUACAGUACAGGAGACCCAGCCAAGGAUGCAGGCUGUCGCAAUAUAUGCGCACAUCAACGAGGUCUGUACUUCCAUUUAAAUGCAUUCCCUACUUUGUCCGUUGAAACUGCAAACCUUUAUUGCGUUCGCGGUCGCCUGUUCAUCCAGAACAUGGGGAUUACUAAGCAACUUCUUUCUUUGUCUCAAGAGGUCAUAACUGAGAAGACGAAGGCCUACUAUUGUGAAGGGUCCGACCAGUCUUGCAAAGAGUAUGAUGUCUAUGGAAGAAAAGGCCACGAAAGAAUCUUCGAGAGGCACGUGAUGUGUGUUCUGUCGUGUCAAUUGGUGGGACAGGGUAAUCAACUUUGCGACACUCGUUUUUUUACGCGAUUACAUACACUUUUUUCACAUUAGACAGCGUGUGAAAGAAUAAACUUGAGCCAGAAAUGGGCUUUGUGAAAAGCAAGCUAUUUUGUCUGACCUGGAAGUGAUCAUGCAUUUUUAGUGGAAAGCAGCUCCGCGACGUCCUUGAAAGUGUGUGAUGACAAACAGCAAUCAUGUCUCCAGAUUUUGAAGAAGAACGGAACCUUUAAUGCUUACAAACUGUGCAUUCCCAAGUGCAGUGGUUGGACCGAUCGUAAGCUCUCAUGUUACCGUCGUAAUUUUGCUGAACAAAUUUGUUCUUUUUACACUGCGUACAUCAGUUAAUUAUUACGAUGUUGCUUCAGUUUUCUCUACCUGUUGAUAUUAAUCAUGAUUUUUUUCCAGCUGAAAAGAAGAAAGAGCACACAGCACAUACCUGCACCGAAAGUAAUGCCUGUCAGGAAGGGACAUACUUUACCAAGACAGAAGACGAGGGAUUUGAAAGUGUUAAGACGUGUUUGGAGAGAUGCCUAGCAGGUGAUGUUUGAAAUGCACUGUCGGUUUCCAGAAUCCUUGUUGCCAUAAUGUCCAUACUACUUCAUAGUAGGAAUUGCCAGUAAUAAGGCCUGUCACGAAUAACUGAGAAUAUCUAUAACGCUCAGUUGUAGGUCUGAUUACAUGUAUAGUCGUGUUUUAAGGUCAAAUUGUUAGGCAGGCAUAACAAGGUGUUGCGAGCCCAUAUACGUUUUGUCACACAUCUUAUUCAAGAUUUUUCAAGACUGUCAUUAGGCCCUUGUGAGAAAAUUAGUUUCAUACAACUGUUACCGAUGUAGUAAGGCAAUUGUUUGAUAAUAUCUCAGUUCUCGCCCGCUAAGCAUUAUACAAAAAUUUCUAAUGCGCACGUUGUUUUCUUUGCAGUUACAUUGAUAAUCUAUCUGACUCGCGUAAUUUCCUGCGUUUAUUUUAGAAUGA